GGAAUGUAAUGUGAUUUCUGUUGUUCAUUGUUGCAUAACUCUGUCAAAGGACUAUCUGAUAAUAAAGAAUAUCGUAACCAGUCACAAUCUAGUUGGGUAUCGUACUUAACACUAUCUGGAUCGUGUUACAAAAAAUGACGCGGUCAAAACUAAAUAAUGUGCUCUUCUGUGUUAUUAUUGUUUUCAAUUUCACCUUGAGUUGUUAUCAGGCUACAACAGUAGUACCACCAAUAUGUGAAAAUACAUUUUUAGAGGAGAUGCCACAGAGGAUAAAAAAAGUAUGUGCAGCCUUGGAAAAUUCUAAUCAGUUUGCAGAGGCCCUCAACGCAUACAUACGAAAAGAAGCAGCAGCGCUUCUAUACCAGGGGGAGGAUUUGCUGAUUCCAAGCAACAAUGGCAAACGGACUGACGUAGACCACGUGUUUUUACGAUUCGGAAGGAAACGUUAACUAUAGCACAUAGGAAAUGAUACGAUUUAUUAAGUUCAAAAGAUUUUUUUAAGUUAUAUUGAUUUUUUAUCAUUGCUCAAUAUGAUAGCUUCAUUACUUUUUUUCCGAUGAAAUGCUAUUUGAAGAUAUAUGCUUCACAUAUCUUUUUAACUUCGAUACAGUUUAAUUAACAAUAUAUAACGAAAGGCCCUCGAUGUGAUUUUGCUUUAGAAAUAAAACUUAUGUAAAUAUGUAUAUUCCAUUACCGGAACACUAUAUGGAAACAAAAAA